GUUUUCAUUUUCAUUUUCCUAUUCAAAGACGUAUCUUUCUCUCUCUUCCACAUCCAUAUUUUGUCGAGUGCGUAAUAUUCAUUUUGGUUAGAUCGGAAAAAAUGGGGGACGGGGACAUUGAAGGCGGUGGAGAGGACGGUUUUCACUCACCGAUUGGUCGUAAGUAUCGCCCUGUGUUGGCAAACGAUCGUGCGGUGCUCGAGAUGUCUUCCAUGGAUCCUGGAUCUUCUUCUUCUUCUUCGUUUCCAGAUCAGCCUCCUAAUCUUAGAAAAAUAAAUGUGACUGCGAGUGCGAAUGAGAGUUCGGAUGCUAAAGGAGGGAACUCUCCUCGUCAGCUACAACCUAAUGGAUCCCAGCAGGAAUCCAAACUGGAAUUGUUCGGUUUUGAUUCUCUUGUCAACAUUCUUGGUCUCAAAAGCAUGACCGGUGAGCAAGUUGCCCCACCAUCUAGUCCUAGAGAAGGUGAGGAUAUUUCCAUCACAGUUGGGCAGCCAAAGCCGGCUGCUCCCAAACUGGGUACAAUGAUGGGUGUAUUCAUUCCAUGUAUACAAAGCAUUUUGGGCAUCAUCUACUUCAUUCGUUUCUCUUGGAUUGUUGGUAUGGCUGGCAUAGGAGAGACAUUGGUGCUAGUUGCUUUAUGUGGCACUUGUACUUUCCUUACCUCAAUAUCGUUGAGUGCUAUUGCAACCAAUGGUGCCAUGAAGGGUGGGGGACCAUACUAUCUCAUAGGUCGUGCCCUUGGUCCAGAAGUUGGAGUUAGCAUUGGUCUAUGCUUCUUCCUUGGAAAUGCAGUUGCUGGAGCACUUUAUGUAUUGGGAGCUGUAGAGACGUUUUUGAAAGCUGUUCCUUCUGCUGGGAUUUUCAGAGAGACUAUCACACAAGUUAAUGGUACUGCAGUUGCGCAACCAAUAGAGAGUCCAAGUUCUCAUGACCUGCAAAUUUAUGGGAUUGUUGUGACGAUUGUUUUAUGCUUUGUUGUAUUUGGAGGAGUAAAGAUGAUAAAUCGGGUUGCACCUGCUUUUCUCAUACCUGUUUUAUUCUCACUCAUCUGCAUAUUUUUGGGAAUUUUUGUGGCAAGAAAGGAUCAUCCUACAGAGGGAAUUACUGGGUUGAGUUUGGAGACGAUGAAAGAAAAUUGGAGUUCAGAUUAUCAAAAGACUAACGAUGCUGGAAUUCCAGAAACUGAUGGCUCUGUAAGCUGGAAUUUCAAUUCAUUGGUAGGGCUCUUUUUCCCAGCUGUGACGGGAAUAAUGGCAGGUUCUAAUCGAUCAUCCUCUUUGAAAGAUACUCAGCGAUCAAUUCCUGUUGGAACACUAGCUGCAACUCUUGUAACUUCUUCUUUGUAUCUUAUUUCUGUGAUAAUGCUUGGCGCUGUUGCCAGCAGAGAGAAGCUUUUAACUGACAGGCUACUUACAGCUACAGUUGCCUGGCCUUUUCCUUCAUUAAUUAAAAUCGGGAUUAUUCUUUCAACUAUGGGUGCUGCACUUCAGAGCCUGACUGGUGCCCCACGUCUGCUUGCAGCAAUAGCCAAUGAUGAUAUUUUACCUAUUUUGAACUACUUUAAAGUUGCAGAUGGCAGUGAGCCACAUGUGGCUACCCUUUUUACCGCAUUCCUAUGUAUCGGGUGUGUCGUUAUUGGGAAUCUGGACCUUAUCACUCCAACUGUAACCAUGUUUUUUCUUUUAUGUUAUUCUGGGGUCAACUUAUCCUGCUUCCUUCUCGAUCUUCUAGAUGCCCCCAGUUGGCGUCCCCGGUGGAAAUUUCACCAUUGGAGUAUGUCGCUUAUUGGAGCAUUACUUUGCAUAGUGAUCAUGUUCCUAAUCUCCUGGUCAUUCACUGUGGUGUCCUUGGCCCUUGCAAGCCUUAUAUACAAGUACGUGAGCAUCAAAGGAAAGGCUGGGGACUGGGGAGAUGGUUUCAAAAGUGCUUAUUUCCAACUUGCACUUCGCAGCCUUCGGUCGCUAGGAGCAAGCCAAGUGCACCCAAAGAAUUGGUAUCCAAUUCCACUGGUAUUUUGCCGACCCUGGGGCAAACUGCCGGAAAAUGUUCCCUGUCAUCCCAAACUCGCAGAUUUCGCCAACUGUAUGAAGAAGAAAGGUCGAGGAAUGUCCAUAUUUGUCUCUAUACUAGAUGGGGAUUACCAUGAAUGUGCUGAAGAUGCCAAGGCUUCUUGUAAACAACUUAGUACCUACAUUGAUUACAAGAAUUGUGAAGGUGUGGCUGAGAUUGUUGUAGCCCCGAACAUGUCUGAAGGCUUUCGUGGCAUCAUUCAGACAAUGGGCCUUGGCAAUCUCAAGCCUAACAUUGUGGUGAUGCGUUACCCAGAAAUCUGGCGUCGGGAGAAUUUAACGGAAAUCCCCGCCACCUUUGUUGGGAUAAUUAAUGACUGCAUUGUUGCAAACAAGGCAGUAGUUAUAGUGAAGGGUCUUGAUGAAUGGCCUAAUGAGUACCAGAAGCAGUAUGGUACAAUUGAUUUGUAUUGGAUUGUGAGAGAUGGUGGUCUCAUGCUCCUCCUCUCUCAACUGCUGCUUACCAAGGACAGCUUUGAGAGUUGCAAGAUUCAGGUCUUCUGUCUCGCAGAAGAUGAUGCAGAUGCAGAGGGGCUGAAAGCUGAUGUGAAAAAAUUCCUUUAUGAUCUUCGGAUGCAAGCGGAAGUCUUUGUCAUAACAAUGAUGGGGGAUGCACAAAUGGACGGUGGUUCUCCGCAAGAUGAGUCAUUAGAAGCAUUUACUAGUGCCCAACAAAGAAUUGCUGAUUAUUUAACCCAAAUGAAGUCAGAAGCAGAGAAAGAAGGUACUCCUCUAAUGGCUGAUGGUAAGCCUGUGGUUGUGAACGAGAAGCAGGUUGAGAAGUUUCUUGACACAACGCUUAAGCUUAAUUCAACAAUUUUGAGAUACUCAAGAAUGGCUGCUGUUGUUUUGGUUAGUCUUCCCCCACCUCCAGUGAGCCACCCAGCAUAUUUCUAUAUGGAGUACAUGGAUCUGUUGCUUGAGAAUGUUCCAAGGAUUUUGAUCGUAAGAGGAUAUCGUAGAGACGUUGUAACUCUGUUCACAUAGUGUGAAGUGGAUUCUAGGACAGUAAUCAAUUUUCUCACUCAUUGUUUAUAUUUUUGUAGUUUACAUGUAACGCUUAUUCUUUGUACCCAUUUUCUUGCACAAGAGGAUCUUUUGUAUACCAGAUUUUAUAGGAAAAUAUGAAAUUCUAUUCACUUUUAGGACUUCGUUUUAA